AUGAACGUUAACCAGGAAGGGUUUGACCGUCGAUUGGUUGUUGUGAAGCAGAUCCUGCAGUGCUUUAAUUUGAAGUCCACACAAGUCACACCCCUUGCCUAUGCUGAACGUUGCCCCUUUCCUUACAACAACUUCUCCUUCAAGGUGGACCUGGCUUGUCCAGCCACGUGCGCAUCUUUUCCUGGAAGACAGCCGGGGACCUCGGUCCUUCCCCCGGAAGGCGUAUCGACGCUCGUUGUCCGCCUUAGCAACCCCCUCGCCGAGGGUCUGAACAACAUCAACCGCGUGCAAAAUGAAGUAGCGUCUCUGCAUCUCGCGCGCCAGUCUUUCGAGGCCUCUGGGCUUCCUCCUGUGGUCCCUGCUGUCUAUGCCUGGGCUGGCCCUACUUUUCCUGACGUGGCCGGCGAGGAGGGAUUCGGUUGGCUAGUCGGCGAGUUCAAGCCAGGCGCCGACUUGGACACCCAGUUUCCUGCCCUCUCCAUGGGGGAGAAGGAAGCCGUCCUUUGGCAGAUAGCGGAAAUUGUUUCCGCGUUGCAGCGAGUGGCACUUCCUCAGUCCGUCACCGAAUUCGGCGCCCUCACCUUUGACGAGAAUGGCCAGUUGGUGAGUGGGCAAAUGCCGCUUCUGAAGGGGGGGCCGUGGAGUUCGUACGAUCAAGUCUGGACCAAGAAGCUUCUGUCCCAGCUGGAAGAUGCAGACAAGAGUUCUCUGCUUCAGGGUUGGAACGGACGAGAUGUGAGGAAGCAAAUCAAUGAUUUCCUAACUGCUGGAGGCGUGACCAGAGUCCUCCAUGAAGUGGACACAACCCAGCGGGUUUUGAUUCACGGAGAUCUGACGAUGAACAACAUGCUAUUCGACAACACCACCAAGCGCAUCACCGCUCUCCUUGAUUUUGACUGGGCAUGUGUUUCACAUCCUUGCGACGAAUAUCUGUCCGGCCUUUGGGACAUUGGGGGCGGAAUCCAUGAUGAAGUGCAGAAGUUUCAGUCCAGCAUCAUCACUGGGGACUACUCUAGCCCCCCCAGUGACCUCAGCGACGAGGAAUUAGAGGAAUGGAAAGUAUCUAGAGCUUGGAACUCUGCCAUCUCCAAGGCGAGAGCAACAAGGCCAAGCACAAUCGCAGGCGUCAAGGGCAUCCAGGCGCUUCAAGAACUCGGAAACCUACUCUGUCCAUUCUCGCUAGGAAACGAGGUCAUGUUGAAGAGAAUGCCUGAUGAGGAAAAGAGCAAGAAGAAGGAGGAUACUGAAAAUCAGAUCCUGGAAUGGCUCCUGAAGCACAGCGCAUAA